UGGACAGGACAGGAGCUGAGUGUUGUGGAUACUUUACAGCAGAGUACUGUAGUCUGCUGGGAGGCGGGAGCUGUCCGGUUGUGUUACGGUGUGAGGCCCAUCCCGAGAAUCUAGUGUGUGACGUGGAUUCGCAGAAGAAUGGUUGCCAAAAGAAGGCUUUCUAAAUCGGAUGAUAAAGAUGAUAGUUUUGGAAUCGACACAUCAAAAACCAAGAAGAGUCGUGUAAGCAAUAAGAAACUCAAGUCCUUGCAUCAGGAUGGUGUAGUGGAGAAUGAUAGCGUGUUUGUGCAGCUUCUCAAGGGUUCAGGAAUAACGUUACGAUCGGGAGAGCGGCAAAAUGAAAUUGCUGUGGAUCAAGCUGUUUUCCAAAAGAAGCUGUAUCAGGGAUUGAAGAAGCAUCCUAGGUACCCAAAUGUUAUCAAGGAGUUUAUCACCGGAUUGGAGUCGCACAUUGAAGAUCGAGAAAAGUUUAGAAAUUGUCUUCUUCCCUGUGGCAAUGUGCAAGAUGGGGAAACAAGCAGUACGUCAGUCAGUUCAUUUCACGAAAGCCUCAUUAAACUUCUGCUUGGGAUUGAACUUUUACAGGUCCCAGUUAUAAACACACUGUUUGAAAAGCUCCCCGAAUUUUUGUAUGAUAGUAUUGGCAGCGAUGGGAUUAACCUUCCUCAACUUAUCUUUAAUCAGUUUAAAUGGUUGGACCGCAUAGUGGAUUGCAAGGUGAUUUCAGAGCUCCGCAGGACACUAGACCUGGAGUCUUGUAUUUUGCUUCCUCAGGUACAAGCCUCACAGAGCAGAAAGAACAAAUCUGGGGCCAGUGGUUCUCCUGACUGUGUCUCUCUGUUGAUGGAUGUCAUCAAGUCAGCUAUCCGAUUUCAAAAACACACAUCUGAAGCGUGGCUUAAGGCUAUUGAAGGCAUUGAAGCUGUGGCAGAUCACAAGGUCAUGAGGGAUUAUUUUCCCUCCAUCUUGUCUUUAGCCCAGAUGCUUCUGAGAUCACCAGAGCCUAUUGUUGUCUCGUUUGGCAGUCUAAUGUACAAACGUGCGUUUUCUGCCUUUGACUCUUACUGCCAGCAGGAGGUAGUUGGGGCUCUGGUGACUCACGUGUGCAGCGGUUAUGCUGCUGAAGUUGACGUCUCGCUAGAUGUGCUCACUGACUUGGUAUCUCUUCACCCUGCCAGCGUGGCUAUGUAUGCUGUCUUUGUAAAGGGUAUACUAGAUUAUUUGGACAACCUGAAUGCUCAGCAGAUCCGCAAACUCUUCCAUAUCCUCAGCAUGCUGGCGUUUAGAAAAGGUCAGGAAGGCGGCCACAUACAGGACGACAUGUACAUUGUAAUCAGAAAGCAGUUGUCCAGCACGGUACUUAAGUACAAGCGCAUUGGGAUCAUUGGAGCUGUGAUGAUGGUUGGAAGCAUGGCUUUAAAAACAAAAACACCAGGUAAUAAAAAUUCUGAAAAUGCCCUCAGCACAGACAUCUAUAGACAGGUUACAGCACUGCUUGAGUUAGUACGUACAUGCAGUGAACAAAUUCCGGAAGCAGCUGCUCUCUAUUACGAUGAGCUGGCCAGUCUGGUGGAGAAAAAGAACUUGGAUCCGCAAGUCAUGGACUGGGUCGGUAAGACGGUGUUGGAUGAUUUUCAAGAUGACUUUGUGGUUGACCUUGCACCUACAGUUGAAGGCCAUUUCAUAUUCCCAGUGAAAGCCAUGUACAACCUGGAUGAGGAUGAGAGCCAAGGCAGCAUAGCUAUAAACUUAUUGCCCCUCCUAUCCAAUGACAUUGCCAGUAAUGAUACAGAGCGGACAGCCAGAAACAGACGCAAGAUUGUUUCAAAGGUUUGCUUAAAAAGAUGUUUUAGGCUCCUUAAAUUGUAUGGAGGUAAUCAGUCUAAUGGUAGCGGGGAGGAGCUAUAUGCAGCUCUGCUGGGCUGCCCUCUUUAUCUCACAGACCUGGAAGUAACAGAAAAGCUGGAGUCUCUGUCCAAACAAGAGCGAGAAUUUCUCUGCUCACUUCUGUUCUUUGCGCUUAACUGGUUCAGAGAGGUGGUGAACGCCUUCUGUAAGCAGAAAGAUCCAGAAAUGAAAGGAAAAGUGUUGGCCCGUUUACAGAACAUCACCUGGCUACAGUCGGUGCUUGAGAGGUGUCUGGCAGCUUCUCCUGGGUAUGUUCCUCCAUCUGCAAACUUUGAUUCAGAGCCACAGGAGAUGGCACCUACUAUAGCUGCACCCCCAGUCAAAAAGGCAAAGAAAGGUAAAAAAAGAACAUCCGCUGAAAGCAAAAACUCAUCUGCCGACAGCUCUCAGAUAGAGGAACAACAGGACACAGAGCAAUUAGAGACAGAGAAGACUCAACCGGAGAAGGAGAAGGAGGAAAGCAACAGAUUAUCUCUCAGCCUUAAUAGCUAUCGUGCCUACUUCAGGGAGCUUGGCCUCGAGGUGUUCACAGUUCUGCAAUCUGGACUUCUCACACGUUCUCUUUUGGACACAGAAAUGCACACAAAGGCCACUGAAGUGGUGCAGCUGGGUCCCGCAGAGUUGGUUUUUCUCCUCGAGGACCUAUCUCGAAAAAUGGAGCACAUACUCACUUCUAGUGCAAAGAGGAUCACUUUCUUGAAGACAAAAGGAUCCAGAAAUCUAGGAUUCUCACAACUGCUUCAGAAGACGGCACAGGAAGUGGCCCAAACUGUUGUACAGCUGCUGAACUCAUUGUGCAACCAUGUGGAAAACAUGCACAACUACUUCCAGGCACUUAUGGCAGAGAACCACGGGGUAGUGGAUUCCCCCGGAGUUGAUGUGAGGGAGCACCAGUACAUGUCCUCUUGUUACCAGCUGCUUUUGCAAGUUUUCCACACACUCUUUGCUUGGAACGGUUUUUCACUUCAUGAAAACCGCAAGAUGUUGAAGUCUGCACUCAAGGUUUUGGCAGGAAGAUUAAAGGAUACGGAUGCAGAGUCUGCCCUGGAGGAACUAAUCAGUCAAAGCUUCAACUACCUGCAGAACCUACACAGUAGCGUCCCCACCUGCUGCUCCGCUCUGUGUCUCACUCAGUUGCUCACCGUCCUUGCAGAGAAGGCAAACAUGUCACUAUAUAAGGAGAAGAUAGCUUCUCUGGUGAAACGGUUUUUGUGUCAGUCCUGGAUUCAGCCUAAUGGAGAGCGUGAGAAGGGAAUCAAAUACAAUGAAACCCUGCAGAGCCUUCUCUGCACUUACCUGGAGAACACUGAAGAUGUCUUGAAAGCCGUGGAAGAAAUCUCUGGAGUGGGUGUGCCUGAGCUCAUGAAUGCAGCUAAAGAUGGUGCAUCCUCUACCUACCCUACAUUAACCAGGCAAACGUUUCUAGUGUUUUACCGAGUUCUUAUGGACAAGCUUGAGAAAUGUGUGAAAAACAUCCCAGCUGGAAAGAAGUCUGACAACCUUCAGGUGCAGACUGAGCAGCUUCUGCGCUGGAAUCUGGCUGUUAGAGAUUUCCAUAUUCUUGUUAACUUGGUUAAGGCGUUCGACAGCAGACCAGUUUUGGGCAUAUGCCUAAAGUACGGACGUCUGUUUGUGGAAACCUUCCUGAAGCUUGGCAUGCCUCUUCUAGACUACUGCUUUAAAAAGCACCGGGAAGAUGUGCAGAGUUUGCUCAAAACCUUACAGCUAAGCACCAGACAACUUCAUCACAUGUGCGGCCACUCAAAGAUUCGCCAGGACACAGGUCUCACUAAUCAUGUGCCUCUGCUGAAGAAGACCUUGGAGUCAUUUGUGUUUAGAGUUAAAGCCAUGCUUGUGCUCAAUAACUGCCAGGAAGCUUUUUGGCUUGGAAAUCUCAAGAACAGAGAUUUGCAGGGCGAGGAGAUUCUCUCCCAGGUUUCUCAGGAAAAUGAGGAAGAGGAGGAGCAAGAAUCCCAGCUUCCUGCGGAGGAAGAAGCAGCCGAAGAGGAGGAAGAAAAUGAGGAGAGUGAGAAAGAAGCAGAGGAUGAAGAUGAGGAGGAAGAGUCUGAUUAGUUGCAAUAAGAUUCUAAUGCUCUUCCCCUACACCUGCUGCUCAGUGACUAUUACUUGUAUAUACAUUUGAAGUAUAUUUACAGUAUAUAUUUGACUGUACUUUUUACAGAGAUCACUCCCAUCCAAGGGACAGAGGAUUACAGGAUGCUCCGGGCAAAGGAAAAUUUAAGUAAAAUAAAAUAUUGAACAGAUCAAGCUAAUAAAACGCUAAUAAAACAUGUCAUCUGCUUGUACAGGAUGAUGUCACAAUAUUGCAACAAAACGAGAAAAUCUAGUUUAUACAUAUAUUUUCCUACCAUCGGCACUUGUAUAUAGUUAAACAUUUCGCCAGUUACGAACCAAUAAAUAUACAUUUUUGGAGAGCUUCUCCAAGAAGAGAUUAUUAACUUUACGGACAUAUCAAGUGCAAAUCCAUAUAAAUCUUAUAUGUAAUAUUGAAAACAAUUAAAAAUACAUUUUCAUGUA